CCCUAAACAGUGCCGCACCUCUUCCGUCCUACCAUCUCCUCUCUCUCUCUCUCUCUACGUCGCUGCUCCAUCUCUCACUCACUUCACAGAUCCCCCCCUUUUUUAGGCCAAACAAUCCAUCCACCGCCCCCUGAAACCCACCUAAAAAUAGCAGCAGCAGCAUGCCAAUGAAAUCCCUUCAAGGCUAUUCCAGCACAUGAAGAAGGUUUCGUCUUCGAGCAACAAGCUCUGGCCAGCUGCAGCAGGAGCAGCUCAGGUCAGAUUAAUGGACCUAUGAGCAACAGCAACUACUAGUCUACUACUACUGCUGCGAUCAAAUUCUCGAGCCAGCUUCUUCACCUCCCGCCGACGCCACUGUUGCUGCUGGUCGACCUAUCUUCUUCGCGCCUCCGAGUCCGCCACCGGCGAAAAAGGGAUCGUCCGCGCGCCGCCGUGAGGAAAGGUUGAUCCAUGGACCUGUCGCCAAACCCCGAGAGCCCGAAUGCCCCGGGCGGCGGCAGCGGCGCCGGUGGAUCUAGCGGCGGUGGAGGGGCGUCCUCGUCUGCUGGGGGUGGAGGCACGCCGCAGACGCCCAGCCGGUACGAGGCGCAGAAGCGGCGGGACUGGAACACGUUCGGGCAGUACCUGCGGAACCACCGGCCGCCGCUGAGCCUCGCGCAGUGCAGCGGCGCGCACGUGCUGGAAUUUCUGCGGUACCUGGACCAGUUCGGCAAGACCAAGGUGCACACGGCGUCGUGCCCCUUCUUCGGCCACCCGAACCCGCCGGCACCCUGCCCAUGCCCGCUCCGCCAGGCCUGGGGGAGCCUCGACGCGCUCGUGGGACGUCUUCGCGCCGCGUUCGAGGAGCACGGCGGCCGCCCCGAGUCCAACCCCUUCGCCGCCCGCGCGGUCCGCCUGUUCCUCCGCGAGGUCCGCGAGCACCAGGCUCGCGCGCGCGGCGUCAGCUACGAGAAGAAGAAGCGCAAGAAGCCGGCGCCUGGUGACGCCAGCAGCAGCGGCAGCCACCCGGCUCUACCCCCGCCGCCGCCGCCCCCCGCCGGUGCGGCCUGCUGAGGAGGAGAGAGGACCUGUACUGCGCACGUGCCCAUUUGGUAUGCCGGACCGAUGAUGAGCAUAUUUUAUGUAGGUCUCGAUCGAUUAAUUGCUUGUGCAUGCAUGCAUUGUUUUACCACCAUUCUGCCGGGCUUAAGAUCUAGACUAGAUGAUUCAGACUUUUAUUGAUCGUGCUACGUACAUUUGCUAGUUAUUAUUUGCUUCUG